AUGAGUGGGGGUUGCCGGGCGACCCAGAGCUGGAGAUUCGGUUCCCACGGCAACUCCCGGAGUCUGGAUGGAGUCUUUUACUGGAGUCUGACAAAAAGAUUCCCUCAUCGGCAGUCUCUUUCUCCCCGUGUCGUCGCUCCCCUGAUCACACCCUCUCCCUCCUCACCUCCUCCCUCACUUCCUCCCUCACCUCCACCUCCACCUCACACAGUCCCGCCCCUCCAGCCAUGUUCACGGUUGCCGUGGACGGGUCGCUCAGCGAGAGAGCAGCCGUGACUUGCGUCAGUUUCGUAGGCUCCGUUGAGCCUGUUAUGGUGAAGGUGACACUGCCAUUGGACGACCCACAUCAUUUUUCAGCUCACAGGUCAUCAGAGUACGACCAUCUGCCACUAUCAUCGACCUCCGGUAUGCUGCACACUAUCGACAGACAUCUCUGACCCUACACACCCCUCCGUUAUUGUCUAUAUUGUCUCUGUUAUUGCGUCUCAAUUCACUAUCAUCAUCCCCCAUC